GGUGAUGAAGGACAAGAGAAAGCUGGAAAGACUAAAGAUGGAGGGUUGCUCUCUGCAUCAAGAUCUUAGUUGCGACAGGGAUGACCUGGAUUCUCAUCUUCAUAUUGGGGUACGCAUAUGCGGAUGGCUUCUCCUAUCUCUUCAGCAUCUUGAUCUCAGUCCAAGGACCUCUUCUCUUCUUCUGCUUCGCCUUCACGGAGCGAGUCCGUGGCAUGUGGCGGAUCAGGAUCUCUGGGCUCUUGACGCGCCGGUCCAGGGCUGGGACAUCGGCAGGCGCUGGCGCAUCUACGAUGUCUACAGCUUCCCGGUUGCAGACCAGUAAAUAGGCCCCAAAAUUGCCGACCAAAUCACGAUUUGUGCACUGUUGAUCGCUGUCUCAAUAGAGAGUUUUGUGGCCCUUGCCCUAGAAGAGGUGGGGGAGGGGGUAGAAAUGUAGGGGCCUUGAUCAUGAACAAGACUUUGAGCAUGUUUUUCUGAGAAAAAAGUGGAUUAAAGUCGAUCUGUUUUGCAAUUGAGUUGAUGAAUCAUUUCCCGAUGGGCUUCAGGACUAUACUUUUACUCGUGAUCAUUUUUGGAGGGAAAUAUCACCCGAAAGUAGUUGGUUAACCAUCUCAACCCUCCCCAACCAAUGGACAGAAAAUGAAAUAGGGUAAAUCAAGCUUUAAUUUGUGUAUGUCUUAAACACAUUGGAGAAUUGGGAGCAAUCUACCCGAUUUGUUGAAGUGGUGCAUAUGCGAAUUUAUGUACUGGUCUGCUCGCUGUACUAGAGAGUUGUUACGGAAUAUAGAGGUAGUAUAUGGGCAUACAUUGUGUGUUAUUGGUUGGAAACGGCCAUGGGACUACAGAGAGGAAAUCUCCCGUUCGUGAUAGGGAUGGAACUAGCGAGGCGAGUGUUCUUAAUUUUUCAUAUUUAGUUAUUCUGACUUUUCUUUGCAAUUGAUCACACACCUGUGAAGGGGUACAAGC